ACUACAUGUCCCAUGAGGCUCCGGGUGGCCGCAGCUUUCCACCGGAAAGAGGCUUGCUGAGGUGGGGGAGGAGCCCAAAAGGGAUUGUGGGAGAAAGGCUCUUUCCUUUCCGUCUGGCGGCAGCCAUCAGGUAAGCCAAGAUGGGCGCUUACAAGUACAUCCAGGAGCUAUGGAGGAAGAAGCAGUCGGACGUGAUGCGAUUUCUUCUCAGGGUGCGCUGCUGGCAGUACCGCCAGCUCUCGGCGCUCCACAGGGCGCCCCGCCCCACCCGGCCCGAUAAGGCGCGCAGACUGGGCUACAAGGCCAAGCAAGGUUAUGUCAUAUAUCGCAUUCGUGUGCGCCGUGGUGGCCGCAAACGCCCCGUUCCUAAGGGCGCGACCUACGGCAAGCCUGUGCAUCAUGGUGUUAACCAGCUCAAGUUUGCUCGAAGCCUUCAGUCUGUUGCCGAGGAACGAGCUGGACGCCACUGUGGGGCUCUGAGAGUUCUGAAUUCUUACUGGGUUGGCGAAGAUUCCACAUACAAAUUCUUUGAGGUGAUCCUCAUUGAUCCAUUCCAUAAGGCUAUUAGAAGAAAUCCUGAUACCCAGUGGAUCACCAAACCAGUCCACAAGCACAGGGAAAUGAGAGGGCUGACAUCUGCAGGCCGCAAGAGCCGUGGCCUUGGAAAGGGCCACAAGUUCCACCACACUAUUGGUGGUUCUCGCCGUGCAGCUUGGAGAAGGCGCAAUACUCUGCAGCUUCACCGUUACCGCUAAUAUAAGUAAUGUUUGUAAAAUUCUUACCUAAUAAACAAUUUAGGACAGUCAUGUCUGCUUAAAAGUGUUCUUUAAUUUGUCUGUUAAAACUAGUUGUCUGCAGUUUGUUUCAUGAAUGCAUUGUCAAAUUAUGAAAGUUAAAGUGCAAUAAUGUUUGAAAACUAUAAGUGACGGUGUAUCUUGUUUCUAAUAAGAUAAAUGCUUUCAUCUUUGCUUUAUCUUAUUAGGGAGUUUAUAUGUCAGUGUUUAAAAUGCUGUUUGGUAUAAUAAGUGUAAAAUAAAUUCUGUAACAGGAGUGCAGAAACUAGCCAUGUAGAUUUGUUGGUGCAUGUGAUGAAACCUACAGCUUUAUUGGGGUGAUGCAAUGCUCUCCUGGAUUACUCUCAACUGGCUGUUUUUGGAGUUUGGCAAAGACACAUUUUUUAAAUGGAUUUUGCUUGGAAAUGUGAAGGAUAUCCUGAUUAUCAUAUGCAGAAAAAUAAACUUGUCGAGGGUCCACAUUUUUAGGUCUUAAUAUUUCAUUUAUGUAACCACUGCUUGUGAAAGGAGAAAAGUUUAGAAUGCCACCAUUUUUAGGAGAAUUGAAUAAACCUGUUGCAAGAGGGUGCUCUUACAAGUUAAAAAUUUUGGUUAAACAAAAUUACCUUGGGCUCCACAGUGCAAUUGAAGUUCACAUAAAAGGUGGAGACUUCUGGUUUAUUCCCAUGACGGAGUUGUAGAAUACUGAAUUUUGUGCCAAGUAUUAACGAUAUUUACGCUGGUAUAUGUUGAAACUGAUGCGAAUUGAGCGUUAGGUGAAUGACAAGGGAAUUAAAGUUGAGGUUUGUAAGCUAGUCGUCAGUGCUAGGACUGGGAAACUGGUGGCCGUCAGAUAGCUUUCAAGUGUGAGGAUAGAAAAAGUCAGCUUUGAUGAAAAUUUUAAAUGCUUUGUAGUGCUGAAGUGACCAUUAUGAAUUCUUUAGCCACGUUAGGGGAAAAAUGGUUGGCUUUAAAGAUAACAUUGUUGCUCAGUCCAGUCAGUCAGGUAAUCUUGGGUCAACCCACUUUAUUCAUUCCCAUUAGGCUACUGAGAAAAGUUGGUGUUGAUAUGAGUUCAUGGUUUCCAAUCUUGUGUGUUUACAGUUAUUUUCUCAUCCCUGCUCAAACUACUCUCAAAAUCCUUACCAUUCCACAAACUUGCCAGGCCAUCAAUUGUGCCCAACUUAACCCUAAGCAUACCACCACGUUCUGUUUGCAUCAUGUCUUCCAGUAGACUGGGCUUCUGUCUCCCAGGGUGAAUUUGAGUGUAUAGGAAAUACAGAAGAGGAGUUGCCCCAAUUCUUUCCAGUUCUGGGUUUGCUGACUUAAAAAUAGGCAGUUUGAUUUCAAAAUUUAAUUGCUGGUUUCCUUAAACCAGUUUUUUGCCUGUUCAGGGGUCUUAGGUUCAGUUAAAUGAUUUCUAGAAAACGUGUAGCAGGCUCAUAAAACUGCUUGAGAACUAAAUUCCUUUCCAUUCAAAAAAAAAACUUAAACCAUAUAUUUUGUGUGUAGAGGUUGUUCAACUAAAGGAAUAAAUGUUUAUUAAACUAAAA